CAAUGAAGGCCAUGGUUGAGUUUUCCUUUCCUUUUUAAUUUUUGGGUGGCGGAUUUAUCUCCUGGCGGCGCUGUUCCUAUUCUUCAUCUCAACCGAGGUCAAACAGCGGCAUUACUUGAUCUUUCCCUCGCAAUCUUCCUGCGACGAUCAAACUGUCAGAGGAUCUCGCAGGAUAAGCCCACCAAGUCCAUGGGCUAGGACAACUCACCGGAUCAGGGCAACCGAAGAUCCAUUUUUUCUUACAGAAGUCAGUCGAGAUUCGAGAAGAGCCGAAGAAGCAGAACAAGGCGAUUCCCAUUUCCAAUUUUCGCCCUAAACCCUAGUUUUCCCCAUUCUUAGCCUCCUCCCCCGACGGAGUCACAAAGAAGAGCAUCCGAUCCCUGUGUUCAACAAUCUAGCUGAUCUGAACUAUUUUGUUGUGGCAAGGACAGAGUAUUAACCUAAACCUAAAAGCAUGGGGCUUCCUCUAAUAAAUCUGGUCAGAUUCAAGGGAAUUCCGAUAUUAAAACAGCUGCACUUGGAGGAACAGCUGCUUCGGACCUCAUCACAUAAUUGGUGCAUCAUAAACGACGGAACAAACUCUCCCACGGUUGUCAUGGGCUUGUCCGGGAAGGUGCGUGAGCUUGUUGAUAUUGAGAAUGUUGUAAGAGAUCAUAUCCCUGUCAUUAGAAGGUUCACUGGAGGCGGAACCGUCAUUGUUGAUGAUGGGACACUUUUUGUUUCACUUAUAUGCAACAGAGAUGAUUUCCCAAGUGUCCAGCCAUAUCCGCGAACCAUCAUGGAAUGGAGUAGCUUAAUCUAUAGCGACGUUUUCCAAGGAACUGCAGAUUUUCAACUACGCGAGAAUGAUUAUGUGUUUGGAAAACACAAAAUUGGAGGAAAUGCUCAGUCUAUAACUAGAAAGCGAUGGAUUCACCACACAUCAUUCUUAUGGGAUUAUGAAGCGAGAAACAUGGGGUACUUGAAGCUACCUGCACGAGCUCCUCAGUAUCGAGAGGCAAGAAGCCAUACCGAGUUUAUUUGUAAAAUGAAAGAGUACAUGUCGAGAUCAGAUUUCAUUUGCAAGACGAUAGAGGCUCUCGAGAAUCAGUUUAUAGUCAGUCCAACAGAUUUGGACAUUGAUUCAACUAUUCAAAAUACAGAUUAUACUCAUUCCACUAAGCUCCUUUCGAAGACGGAGCUAGAAGAGGCUCAAGCUUGAUAUUGAUUUUCGGGGUACUAUUCUUCUUCUUAAGUUGAUAAUAAUAUGAGCUAGUUUAACAAAUAUUGGAUUUUUGUGGAGAAUUCAUGGACACAAGACGAGUAGGAUUUGUGUUAAAUUGGAUAAAUUUAUUUUCA